AUGCAGAAAGAUGAACCAUUUGUGACUAAUUUUUAUAUCGAAUAAUAAAUAAAAAUAUUAAAACCACAUCCUAUAGCUAUUAAAUUAACUGCCGAUAUUUUAUAAAACUACUAUUAAUUGUAAGCAGUAACAUAUAACAUUAUCAAAUUUAAUAGAAAGAAUCCAUAAAAACCUUGCAAUCAUAAUUGCUAAGCAUUUAUUAGUUUUUCUAACUUGAUAAAUUUGAAGGAUAACAAGAAAUUAAUAACAAAAUAAAUACUUUACUUGAUGAAUUUCAAAAAAUUGAUGGAGAUUCAAUUAAAAAAAUAUCAUUUAGACGUUCAGUCCCUAGGAAAUCAUUAGCUAAGUAUUAUUUUUGUUUUUUUAUUAUAAAUAGAUCUUUUAAAUUGUUAUCUUUAAAAUUAAGAAUAAGUUUUGAUGUUAUCAGUAAAAUUUGGAUUAACAAAUAAACAUUUCCUAAUCAACUCAGAUGGGCUUGUUAAUGUAUUAGGAAUAUACAAAGGUAUAUCUCCUUUUAGUAAUAAGUUAAUUGAAUCAAGAUAUAAAUAGAGUAGCAAAAAACCAAUCAAAAUUGUUUAUUUGCAGAAUAUGUGAAUAGCAAGUAUAGUCUAUUGAUAUGACUCAACAUUGUAUUUAGUGUGAAAAAAAUGCAGAAAGCAAAAAAAGAUAUAUUGAGUUGAACUUAGAAUUAGCCAAUUUAUGCGAUUAAGCAUAUUAAGAAAAAAGAAAUGUUUAAGUUAAGUUAGCCAUCAAAAAGUAAGAAUAUAUAUAAAUAUUAAGAAUGAAAGAUAAAAAUAAAUAGAGAUAAUAUACAAAUACUUAAUAUAUUUUUAGAAGAGUUUAAACUUUAGAUGAUUAGGAUGAGGAAGAUGAUGAAAAGGGAGAAUACCAGUAAGAAUAAAAUUAUAUCGCAAAUAUUAUGACACAAAUAAUAAAUUUUGCUGAAAAAACUUUGAACAAUGAGGUAGAAAUUGAGGAUACUAAAUGUAUUUAUUAUUAAAUCUUAAUUAAUUAGUAACUUUAGUUUUAUUAAAUGAUUUAGUAAGUUCUACUGAAUAUAUUGAAAAUUAAGAAGCUUUAAAUAUUAUAAAUUCUACUCAUAAAUGUUUAUUAGAAAGACUUGAAUAUCAUAAGAAACAAGAAGGUUAUAAAAAUGCUAAAAAUUAAUAAUAACAAUAAGAUUAAUCAGAAGAUAAAAUAAAUAAAAUAAGAAGAGCAUUUACUAAAUCUAAUUCAAUUUCAUUUAGAAUGCCAAGAUUUUAGAAUAGCCCAUCUCCUCCUUCAUAAAGGAUAUCAACAGAUCCAAUUCAAGAAGAAGAUGAUUCACCUACUCAACUUUAAAUGAAAACUUCUUAAAAAAUUAUACCUUAAAGAAAAGGAUUUAGAAUGAAUUCUUCUAUAUUUAAAGUAAGUGAUGGAUCAGAAUCACCUAAAUCAUUAAAAAAUAUAUCAAUACCAAUGAAUUAAUCUAAAUCAAGUGGUUUUCAUAAUGGUGAAUCAAAUUAAUCUAUUAAUUCUAAUAAUACAGAUAAUAAAAUUGAUAAAUUAUUCAAAAAUACAAAUACUGAUAUUAAAAAUGAAUUAGAUUAAUAUUCACCUACUUUAAAAAAGCUUUCUUCGUUCAAAGCAUAACUCUAACCACUAAAUGUUGACAAAAAAUAACCAUCAUUAUAAGAAAUUAGUCCUAGUUUAGAUGCAUUAAAUCCAUCUAUUAAAGAAGGAGAAAAUUCAUCAAAUUUAUCAAGUUUUGAAUCUGGUAAAUCUAAUUCAGCAACUAAUAAUGAUGCUAAUCUACCAAAUUCAUAAAAAGGAUCAUGUAAAAAAAGAGUUAAAAAAAAAUAAACCUUUCAUUCUUAAGAUAUUGAAAAAAUGUAAUAAAGUCAUAAAAUUUAACAUCGAAAAAGUAGAUUCUAUGAAAAUUAGAUUUGUAAAUCUCCUGCUAUUAUUCCUGAUUAUGGAAUGGAUGAAAUUUAAAUUGAUAAAGGAUAUCAUUCAGAUUCAAAUUUAAUUAAAACUGUUAUUCCUUCAUCAAAUUAAACUUCAAAAGUUGGAAUUUAAGAUUUUGAAUUCAUUAAACCAUUAGGAAAAGGUGCUUAUGGAUGGGUAUUUCUUGUUAAAAAGAAAGGAUCUGGAGAUUCAUAUGCAUUAAAAAUAAUUGAUUGUGCUUAAAGAGUAAAUUAUUAUUUUGAUUUAGAAUUUAGAGGCAUUUCUUGAAUAAUUAAAGGCAGAAAGAAAUAUCUUUGAAAUUUUAAAUAGUAAUUUUGUAGUCAAAGCAUAUUUCUCUUUCGUACAUGAAUAAUAUUUAUGUUUCGUUUAAGAAUAUAUGAUGGGUGGAGAUCUAGCAAGUAUUUUAAAAACAUAUACAGUAUUUUUAUUAAAUAUUCUUAGGCUUUAGAUGAAUUUUAUGUUCGUCAUUACAUGGCAGAAAUAAUUUUAGCCUUGGAUUAUUUAAGACAAUAAAAUAUAGUUCAUAGAGAUUUAAAACCUGAGAAUAUUCUAUUGGAUAGUUAAGGACAUGCUAAACUUGCUGAUUUUGGUCUAUCUGAAUAAGGUGUUAAUAGUAGAUUAAAAUUAAAGGAUAGUAUGAAUUCAUUCAAUACAAUUGAAAUACCAACAUGUGUUGAAAAAAUGAUUGAUCAAUAAGGUUAUGAGACAGUAUAUAAAUAAUUAAAAAAAGUGGAAUCCAUUUUAGUAGAUAAAUUAGGAAGCAAAACUAAAAAGUAUAUUGAUUUCAAAAAUUUAGAAUUGUUGGAACUCCUGAUUAUAUUGCUCCAGAAAUAAUCUUAGGAACAUCUGCUAGUAAUUUCAGUUGUGAUUAUUGGAGUUUAGGAAUUAUUAUGUAUGAAUUAUUAUGUGGAAUUGCUCCUUUUAAUGAUGAUACAGUAGAUAAAAUAUUUGAUAAUAUUCUUAAUAUGAGAAUAGAAUGGCCAUAAAUUGGUGAUGCAGAAGAUUGUAUAUCUGAAUAGGCUUAUGAUCUAAUGAUUAAAUUAUUAGAACCUGAUUAUAAAAAUCGUUUAGGACAUAAAUCCAUUGAAGAAAUUAAGAAUCAUUAAUUUUUUAAAGGUAUUUUAUUAAUAAUCCAAAGGAAUUUCUUGGAAUACAUUAUUAAGUAAGCCAGGUUUGAUUGUUCCUGAAUUAAAUAGUGAAUUAAAGGAUACAGAGAAAAUGUAAUAAUUCUUAAAAAAAUUGGAAAAAACUAAUAAAGAUAAUGAGAACAAGAAGUUAACAUAAUAAUUGAAGGCACAAUUAUAAAGCUUAGAAAGAAUUGAUUUACUUAAAUAGAGAAGUAUUUAAGAAUCAGAAAAAUAUUUGUAUUUAAAUUAUAUUAAUUAGAUAACAAGUAAAAUUUGAAUAAUAGAAAUUAAGAAAAUAAAUAGAUUCUCUAACACAAUUAUAUGCUAAAAUAUACUAAACUUAUUCGAAGAUGUAGUGA